AACCACAACUUCUAUCACAUUUUCAACACCAAAUCUAAAUUCUCUACGACUUCAACUCCCUCUCCAUACCAACAACGUAAGUUUAAUUCCACCGAAUGGUGUGGUAGACAGUUUCGAAGUUGUCAUUUUCGGCGCGAGACUCGAAACUCACCAGCAUGCACGCGUCUGUUUUUCACACACUGACAUACAUACAGCACAAACACAUUCAAAAUGGUCUCUUCUCAGCAAGGCUACUCCAACACCACCACCGACAUGAAGGGUAACACCCAAGCUGUCAACGAGGCUCAGUCCAACCUCCCUCUCCCCGAGCAGCCCCCCGUCGCCUCAGACUUCAACUCCGCCGAUGCUAGCACCGUAAACGUUGGCUCCGGUCGCCAAGAAGCUUCUUUCUCAUCAGGUGGUGGUGCCAUCCGCGACCCCGCUGUCGGAGCUGGUGGUGUUGCCGGACGUGAGGCUAAGGAUGGACUUGGCGGCAUUCCCAACGAUGCUGUCUCUCGUGAGGCGAAGGACCACUCUGGUCUUGCCGACACAACUGGCAAGGACUACGGAUACCCCCAGAAGAACGACCCCAGCGGCAAGCAGUAG